AUGCCGGGCGAGGGACGGAAGUCGAAGAUCGUGUCCCAGGCGAAGUUUGCUGCUCGCAAGACUCAGGACGGGCUCGAGUUCGUAGAUGAGCAGCUGGCACAGGUGCAGGCCCAGCUCCAGGAGGUGAUGGCCUUGCAGCAGCAGCAGGCCAAAGCCCGUGGCGCUGCAGCUGCACAAGCUGUGCUCGCUGCCAAUGCUGCCAGGGACGAGCUGAAGCAGGAAGUGCAUCGAGUCAACCAGCUGGUCGAUCGAUGCAAAAAUUCGGGCGAGCUUCGGCAGAUUCUCUAUGCCCUGGUGGACAUGCCCAUAGAGGCUUUUCAUAAGGUGGUGAACACCGAGCGGUUCUCGGAGCAGCUGGUUAUUUGGCUGACGAAAGCUGCUUCUUCAAGGUGCCACCUCUUGGUUUGUCUCUGCCGGCUUAAGUCUUUGUCAGGGCUCUUCGAGAAUGGCAGAAUCGUCACGGUGCUCAGCGAGAUCGCGGCUCAGGAUCCUCACUUUGAAACUGCUGUGCUGGCCCGGAGAGUGUUGUCCCAGUGGCUUCCGGGAUCGUUCGUGGAGACUCCUGCUGUGGAAGUAACACGUGGAUAUACCAGCAGUGGUCAGGGCAAGGGCGGCGAGACUCCGAAAGCUGGUGCUCAGGGCAAGGGCGGCGAGACUCCGAAAGCUGGUGCGGGCAAGGGCGGCGAGAUCGGCAAGGAUGUGGCGGCGAAGGCUCCGAAGGCUGGUGCCAAGGGCGAUGCCAGCGAUGUGGCGGCGAAGGCUCCGAAGGCUGGUGCCAAGGGCGGUAAGGCCAGUGGCGGGGAGAAGGGCGAUGAGCAGAAGGCCAGUGGAUCGGCCAGUGGAGGAGGCGGACAGAAGUCGCGAAGCCGCACGCCCAAUCCGAAGCGGGCCAAGCGGUGA